AUGCUUACAACUCGACGUACAGGCCUGCACAUCACAAAAUAUCUCAUACGGGUACAGAUAAUCAUAGCUACAAACACAACUUAUCCCGUCUGUCGUUGCAGGGACCCUAACGCCUGGAAGGGCCAGCUUACCGCUGGCAUGUGUAGCCUGGGUGGGCUGGUUCUGGUUUUGGGGACAGUGAUGUGGGUUAUCUGGUUCAAUGCCCAGCAAGCCCGGUUGAGGAACCCUCAGAGUGUGAAGACCGAGGAGUACCUCCUGGAGAGGAAAGAAGGGAGGAAGAAGAACCAGCGUCCGUGGUGGAAGUUGUGGGCCAAGAAAGCCAAGAAGCUCUCUCCCCCGUGCGCCAACAAAAGCAAGGCCGAGCAAGAUGCCGUGAAGUCCUCCCAGGCUGGCGAAGCCGAGGAGAAGCAGAACCUCUCCCCUCGCCUGACAAAAUUUCCCUUGGCCGUGCUGCCCAGUUGGGGGGACGUCCCCCACGUUCAAAGGACAGACUCCGGGUCUCGUCUGGAGUUCAUCGCGCUGCGGGGCGGCCUGCGCCUCCUCCACCAGCCCGAGGACGUCGACUCUGACGUCCUGUCCGACAUCAGGGAAGUCCUCAGGGGCAAGGGGACU